AUGAUCAGUACCAAAAACACAUUCCACUUCCGGUACGGUGAGGUGGAGUGGCGUGCCAAAGUCACUAAAGGACACCAGAUGCGGUCGACAUUGUGGUUAGGCCAGACGACAUGCCGGUCAGAUGAGUUUUGUGUGGAUCGCUGGCCGCCCGCGGUGAGUGUCACCGAUGUCCGCGGUGACGACCCGGACAAUGCUUGGAUGAACAAGGAUUUGUCAUCGAGCUACAAUACGUAUAAACUGCUGUGGAAUAAAACAGCACUAAUUUGGUAUGUUGAUGAAGAGAUCGCUUACUCGGUGUCUGGCGCGGAGAAAGUUCCUUCAAGCUACAUGUACCUUGUUAUGAGCGGCGUGACGGGUUACACUGGCCACGACUGUUUCUGUACUGUGGAUGACCCUUCCGUCCAGCCCACUGAUUUUCUUGUCGACUACGUAACAGUGAAACAAGACGAUACCGACAUUACGGAAGACGUGCCAGAUAGAGAUGAAGAACAACAUUACACAGUCAAAGAAGUUUUGCGCGACGAUUUUAGCAGCGGAACUUUGAACACGUCCCAGUGGGUAUCUUCGCGCAGCAUCUACGCCGACAGCAGGGUGGAGAAAACAUACAAUAUACAAGACAAUGUCGCGAUAGGCAAUGGAACUUUGCGAUUAAUCGCAAAGCGGGAUCUCUCUGGGUACAGUACGGGAGCUCUUAUUACGAGAGGCCUUUUUAGUUUUAAAUAUGGAGAAAUUGAAUGGAGAGUCAGAACUGCUAGAGGAAAAGGAGUUACGUCCAGCUUAUGGCUGACCAAUGUUUACUGCUUACCAAUUAUUAACUGUGUAGAAUAUUAUGCGCCGUCCGUGGCUGCUCUGAUUGCACAAGAUGAGACUCAUGAGCCUUCGAAAGCACUUCUUACUUCCGUAUACUCUGCAUAUGGCGAUGUCGACCCAUUGCACCAGUGGCAUCCGAGAAAUGUGGACUUAUCGUUGGAUUUUCACAUCUAUAAGCUGGUAUGGAGUGAAACAGCAUUGAUGUGGCUUGUUGACGAUGAGGCGAUUUGGUGGAUAACCGAUACAAGGAUGAUUCCCACAACCGAAAUGCAGAUUACGAUGGAGAUAACCGUGGGUGAAGCGACAGGUUUCCCAGAUCAAAGUACUGUUUUACCAGUGGAGAUGGUUAUUGAUUACGUCAUAGUCAGGCAGGGCGACAUUGACCCUUCCGUUUGGAUACCGCGUCAAACACGCACGACUGCGACAGCAACUACGCCAUUUGCGACAGCCACACAAGAAGAUCUUGAAAAGCGUCAGCUAGUGACCAUAAUAGCGUCAACGGUUUCGGCGCUUGUCGUCGCCGUAAUAGUCAGUGCGAUCGCUUAUUUAUAUUUUCGACGACGAAAACAGCGACUUCAGGGACUUGUUUCGAGUUCUGAAAUGAGCACACUAAGUCCGAUCUCAGGCAUCGCACAUUCACGUUUCAAUUCCAACUCCAUCUAUCAGAAACUAGAUUGUGCUCUGGUGAAUUACGUUAGCGCCCUUGAAAUUCCCCAUUCCAGCUUAGAAAUUGGUUAGUUUUCGACCCAGGAACGUGUUGCGGUU